AGGGAGGGGGAGGGGGGGAAGGAAGUGAGCGAGAGGAGAAAGUGGAAGAGCUGUAGUGUGUGUCAGUAAAAGAAAGCAGUCUCGCUGCACAGGGAAAAAAGAGGAGCUGGCCAAACAGUGUGCUCUCAUUGUGCCUGUUAUAUUCUGAACACGGACGGCUGGUGCUGGAGAAAACACUUUUCACACGAGAGCAGCGAGAUGGACUCGGAUUCUGGAGAUCAGAGUGAGGGAGAACUCUCUCCAGGUCAGGAGAGUUUCAACUCCAAGAGUUUGGCGCUUCAGGCCCAAAAAAAGAUCUUGAGUAAAAUGGCUACCAUGGCCGUGGCGAACCUCCUCACUGAUGACACCAGCAGUGAGAUUCUGGACGAACUCUACAAGGCCAGUCGUGAGUACACCAAGAGCAAAAAGGAGGCCCACAAGAUCAUCAAAGACGUCAUCAAGAUUGCUCUAAAGAUCGGUAUUCUCUACCGUAAUCACCAGUUCAGCCAUGAGGAGAUGGAGACCGUGGAGCGCUUCAAGAAAAAGAUGAACCAGGCGGCCAUGACGGUGGUGAGCUUUUAUGAGGUGGAGUACACAUUUGACCGCGGCAUUCUUUCCGACUUGCUGAUGGAGUGUAGGGACCAUCUCCACGAGCUGGUGGAGCAUCACUUGACGGCACGCUCCCACGGCCGCAUCGACCACGUUUUCAACCACUUUGCACACGUGGAUUUCCUCACCGAGCUGUAUGGCCCGUCAGAAGACUACAGACUCAACCUCAGGAAGAUCUGCGAUGGGAUAAACAAACUCCUGGAUGAGGGCAUACUUUAACCCAGCCUCCGGUUCACGUUUUCUCAGAUCAGCUCCAUCGGGCUUCUGAGAGUUGAACUGAUGGCUUUUAUGAAACUUUUGUGUGUUUUAUGUUUAUGUGGGAAAGAUCGGUUUGUCAUGAUAACUUGAUCAUGUGAUUGUAACCAAACCUGUAGGGAUGGGCACCCAGACGCUUGUUAAAAUCCCACCCUGGUCAAGAAAAACUGCAUACCGGGUGAUUGUCUGAGGAAAAUCCCUUAAGGUGUCCUGUAAACCAGCCCUUUUGUGAGCAACUGCAGGAACGUUUCAAACGACAAUGCACUGUAUGAAAAUCAGUCUACCUACCCUUUAAGAAUGGCCUAGCAAUGCAAGCCUAGCUUUCUGUAAGAGCCGGCGAAUUGAUUGGAGAAGUUAAGCGGUUAAAAAUGUAAUGUCUCAGAAGCUUUGAGAGCUUAUCUGAUAAAUGGCAUGCAUCUUUGUUGAACGGAGCGCAAGCCAAAAUAAAUACGUACAUGAAGUGCAGUCGAAAGAUUGUGAAUAAACUUUGGGGUCUUGGUCGUCUUUGGUCUUCUGUCUUUUUGUAUCGACUCAGCUGUCCCAUGAUCCUGUGUUUGGACUUUACAGAUCCUGAUGUUUCUGAGCAUGUAAAUGUUUGAUCAUACAGGAGAGAAAUGUGACCCCAAGAGUGUAGCACUAUUCUCUGUCAUUAAACAUUCCUUAUGAA